CAAAAAUGAUUGUUAGAACUAGGAUGAAGAGACGACUGUAAAGCUGACCACUUGGAUUAAGCAAAUAUCCUCACAAUUGAGUUUAUUUGAUUUGAGCCUCAAAGAUCGUUUCUGACAUUGGUGGAAAACAUGACGAAAGAUAUUCCAGAACAAAUGCUUGCAGCUCAAGUGAUUGAGUUCAAUCAACCUUAUAAAGUUCACCAAGUUCCUACUCCCAAAAAUUUAGGACCUAAGGACGUCCUGGUCAAAAUUGCCGUUGCUUCAUUUUGUCACACAGACAGCAUGGUGGCUAAGGGCAUCAUGAAGUCUCAACUUCCCAUCACUGGAUCACACGAAGGCUCGGGAACGGUUGUUGCAGUGGGAUCCGAAGUUACCAAGUUUAAGGAAGGCGAUCGCGUGAUGUGUGGGAUCCCAUACCAACCAUGCGGCCAGUGCGUGGAUUGCAAGGGACCUGAGAAGUAUCGACAGUACUGCGUAAACGUCGGAGGGCUCAAAGGAGUUACAAGCGAUGGCUAUUUCGCAGAAUACGCGGUGGUUGAUGAGGAAUUCAGCGUGAAGUUACCGGACGAAGUCAGCUUUGAAACAGCAGCACCAUUGGCAUGCGCAGGUAUCACGGUGUGGCGUGCUGUACUUGCAUCGGAACUAAACGCGGGUCAAUGGCUCGCCAUUGUUGGCUCAGGUGGUGGGCUUGGACAUCUUUGUAUCCAAUUUGCGAAGGCUCGAGGCUUGAAGGUCAUUGGGAUUGAUGCGAGAGACGAAGGCCUUGUGCUUAGCAAGAAAUCUGGAGCCGACGUCGUAAUCGACGCCAGGAGAGGCGAUGAAGAGGUGUUAAAGGAGGUCCAAAGAGUCACUGGAGAGACCCAAGGUGCCGAAGUAACAAUAACGUUGACAGAGGCCAAAAAUGCUUCGGCGAUGGCUUGUGCUGUGACUAAAAUGCAUGGGAAGAUGAUUCAGGUUGCCCAGCCCGAUAAUGUGAUCAUCCCCUUUCGUGAGCUUGUUUUCCGCGACAUUCGAAUCGUAGGAACUCUGAUUAGUUCGCCGGCCGAGGCAGAGAAAAUGUUAGAUGCUGUGGCGAAGAAUAAAAUCACCGUUGCAACGAAUAGAUUUGACGGCCUGGACAAGCUCCCUGAGCUUACUGAGCUUGCCCACAGCGGAAAGAUGUCAGGCAAGGCUCAGAUCAUCGUCGACCAAGAGCAAAUCAAAAGGCAGCGGAAAUCUGGACUUGAACUAGUGUAGCAAUAUAUCGAGAAUGUAAGUGAGAUGUUGCAACCGGACCGGCGCGGAUCGCUGAAUAGAUGAGGCUUCCAGAUCUUAUAUAGGGCGUAUAGUGUGUAGCGAAAAAC